CAUUUUAAUUUCAUCUUCCCAGUUCCCGUCGCUCGAAUCUCGAUUUCUUGCGCUGCUCGUGGUGUGUCCUUUUGUCACAUUCCACUUCUCGAGAAGCGGCGAUUGAGGCAGAGAGAUCGCUGAGGUGAGCGAUUUUAUUACUAGAUGAAGUGGACGAGAGGAGGAUGAUCGAGUCGUCGGCUCAAUUUUCCCCCAUCGCGUCACGUGAAUCCGCCUAUUAAAUUGGGGAUUCGUCCGAUUCGCCUUAUUUAAUAAACAAACCAAAAGGGAGCUCCGUUGCGUUGGUCCCGUCGAUUUCAAAGAAUCGAGUGUUCUUCUGCUGAGAAGCUUCGAAACAGCUUUUGCUCCGACUGCUAUUCGACCGGUGUCUUGGAUUUAGGGCAAACUUUUGUGGAAGUUUGUUGAUUUGAGGAGGGGGGACAUGGAUAAGUACGAACUGGUGCGGGAUCUGGGGUCAGGGAACUUUGGGGUGGCGAGAUUGCUGCGGAACAAGGAGACGAAGGAGCUAGUGGCUAUCAAGUACAUCCCCAGAGGCCUCAAGAUCGAUGAGAAUGUUGCAAGAGAAAUCAUCAACCACCGCUCGCUUCGCCAUCCUAAUAUUAUCCGAUUCAAAGAGGUUAUCUUAACGCCUACGCAUCUUGGCAUCGCCAUGGAGUACGCUGCAGGAGGCGAGCUGUUCGAGCGGAUCUGCAGCGCUGGAAGGUUCAGCGAAGAUGAGGCCAGAUACUUCUUCCAGCAGCUCAUAUGCGGCGUCAGCUACUGCCAUUUCCUGCAAAUAUGCCACCGAGAUCUGAAGCUAGAAAACACACUGUUAGAUGGUAGCCCAGCACCUCGCCUCAAGAUCUGCGACUUCGGUUAUUCGAAGUCGUCGUUGCUGCACUCGCGGCCCAAAUCCACGGUCGGGACGCCCGCUUACAUCGCUCCCGAGGUGCUCUCGCGUCGGGAGUACGACGGCAAGAUGGCUGAUGUUUGGUCGUGUGGGGUAACAUUGUAUGUAAUGCUGGUGGGAGCCUACCCCUUCGAGGAUCCAAACGACCCAAAGAAUUUUAGAAAAACUAUUGGGAGAAUAGUAGCUGUUCAGUACAAGAUACCCGAGCAUGUUCAUAUAACUCAAGAUUGCAGACAAUUACUAUCAAGGAUCUUUGUCGCUAACCCGACUAGGAGAAUUACGAUAAGGGAAAUAAGGAACCAUCCUUGGUUCUUGAAAAAUUUGCCUAGGGAGCUAGCUGAAGCCGCACAAGCGCAAUACUACAAGAGGGAUAACAGUGCGCCAACAUACUCCCUACAGAGUGAGGAGGAAAUUAUGAGAAUUGUAGGUGAUGCACGGAUUCCACCCUCAUCAUCAACACCCGUGGCAGGCUUUGGUUGGGUCGAAGAAGAAGAGGAUGAAGGAAAGCAAGAGCAAGAGAAAGAGGAAGAAGAAGAAGAGGAAGAGGAGGAGGAGGAGGACGAGUACGAUAAGAGAGUGAAGGAAGUCCAUGCGAGUGGCGAAUUCUCGUUGCCCGAUUAAUUAGUUCGCUAUUAAAAUCAGUGAAAAAUAGAAGGUAAAGACUACCUUUCCUGUACCACUAGUUAUAGCCGUGAAAUUCUUCUUCAAUAAAUGUUUCAGUUAUGUCUUUGCGUAGCAUUUGCUGUGAAAUUUGUAAGUGAUAGCAAUAUUACUCCACUCAGACAAGCCAUUUGAACUAUGAUAACUUUUGCAUAUUUGUGAUUCUGAAUUCAAAAGAUGUUCUCAUUAGUUUUGUUGA